AUGAGAUUCCCCAAGCUGCCCAAUCCGGGUCUGGAUGACCGGAUACCGUCCCACCAGGAGCUGGAGAGGAUGGAGAAGGAGGAGGCCGGGGACAGGCCCAAAUGGGACAACAAGACCCAGUACAUGCUGACCUGUGUGGGCUUCUGUGUGGGGCUGGGGAACGUGUGGCGGUUCCCUUACCUGUGUCAGAGCCAUGGAGGAGGUGAGUGGGCUUGAUUGUAUGCAACAUUUUUGUUAUUUUAAAACUGUAAAUUAAUUAAAAGGACUUUGAGUUACAACUUUUUUCACAGUAGAAAUAAAACAGGGAAUACUACAAACUACACUGAGAUUACAAAACAUUAGGAACACCUGCUCUUUCCAUGACAUAGACUGACCAGGUGAAUCCAGGUGAAAGCUAUGAUCCUUUAUUGAUGUCACCUGUUAAGUCCACUUCAAUCAGUGUAGAUGAAGGGGAGGAGACAGGUUAAAGAAGGAUUUUUAAGCCUUGAGACAAUUGAGACAUGGAUUGUGUGUGUGCCAUUUAGAGGGUGAAUGGGCAAGACAAAAUGGGCAAGGCAAAACAAGUUCCUUUGAAUGGGGUAUGGUAGUAGGUGCCAGGCGCACCGGUUUGAGUGUGUUAAGAAUUGCAAUGCUGCUGGGUUUUUCACGCUCAAUAGUUUCCCGUGUGUAUCAAGAAUGGUCCACCACCCAAAGGACAUCCAGCCAACUAGACACAACUGUGGAAAGCAUUGGAGUCAACAUGGGCCAGCAUCCCUGUGAAACGCUUUCGACACCUUAUAGAGUCCAUGCCCAGACGACUUGAGGCUGUUCUGAGGGCCAAAGGGGGUUCAACUCAAUAUUAGGAAGGUGUUCUCAUUGUCUAUGCCCUUGACACAAGUAGUUAAAGGGUGGAAUACACUAUACAAUUAGCAGGAUAAUUUAUCUGCAUAUACAGAGAUAGCAGAAUACUAUCUUGAUUAUGGUAUUAGUUGUGUGAACAAUUGAAUGACCAGUUCAUUUUUUGUGGUAUGGGUCAAAGAUGUAUUUGAAGUUAAAUUUACUCUUAGAUGCAUCAAAACUGGGACCAAGAGAAUGAAAAACAGCUUCUAUCUCAAGGCCAUCAGACUGUUAAAUAGCCAUCACUAGCACAUUAGAGGCUGCUGCUGCCUAUUGAAAUCACUGGCCACUUUAAGAAAUUGAACACUAGUCACUUUAAUAAUGUUUACAUAUCUUGCACUACUCAUCUCAUAUGUAUAUACUGCAUUCUAUUCUAUAAUAUUCUACUGUAUCUUAGUCCAUGCCGCUCUGUCAUUGCUUGUCCAUAUAUGUAUAUAUUCUUAAAUCCCAUUACUUACUAGUUUUGUGUGUAUUGGGUAUAUGUUGUGAAAUUGUUAGAUAUUACUUGUUAGAUAUUACUGCACUGUCGGAGCUAGAAGCACAAGCAUUUCGCUACACCCGCUAUAACAUCUGCUAAACACGUGUAUGUGACAAAUAACAUUUGAUUUGAUUUGAUUUGAGAUGAUUAUGACUGAUAGAGAACUGUAGUAUUCUCCCGAGUGGCGCAGUGGACUAAGGCACUGCAUCGCAGCUCUGUUGUAGCCGGCCGUGACCGGGAGACCCAUGGGGCGGCGCACAAUUGGCCCAGGGUAGGGGAGGGAAUGGCCGGCAGGGAUGUAGCUCAGUUGGUAGAGCGUGGCAUUUGCAACACCAGGGUUGUGGGUUCGAUACCCACGGGGGGCCAGUAUGAAGAAAAAAUAAUAAUGUAUGCACUCACUAACUGUAAGUCGCUCUGGAUAAGAGCGUCUGCUAAAUGACUAAAAAUGUAGUAAAUACAUUUUGGAUUGCUCAAAACCCAAUACUGUACAGUAUUUGAGAGGAUUGCUAGUCAUGGUUUGAAAUCCUAACAAGUAAUUAAUUAAACAAACACAUUCUUAAUCAUUCUCAACUUGUUAAAUCGUUUUCAAAUAGUGGUAGUUAAAUUUCAGCUUUCUGUGCUAGUGUAACUAAUGGGUAUUUUAACACAGGGGAAGCCCCAUAGUAUAUGUCUUGCUCCUCUGUAUGCAUUGCCGUACCUAGUUUACAUAAUUGUUUUCAACAUGUUAAUAACACUAUAAAGUAACUGUCCAGUGUUUCCAGAUUUCUAUUAAAUAUGACCUAUAAUGACUUACACUAGGAGUUAAAUAGUUUUCCUUCCAAAACAUGGUAAUUAAGUAUAAAGCAGGUUUUCUGUGUUGGAAUGGUGUGGGCGUACCCCAAGAACAGUAUGGUGUGGGCGUACACCGGUCAUUAAACAUAUCCAUGUGAGUAGAACGCUGGUUGGCCACCUCAUCCUCCUCUAGACUGCUGAUUGGCCAGCUCAUCCUCCUCAGGAGUAUGACAUCCUACCCUAUAAGGAGUUUGAGGUGGGGUUUUUGAAGUAUUUUUUUCACCAAUUUAUGCUUUGGCCACAAAUACGAAUACAGGGCGGCAGAUAGCCUAGCGUUGGGUAACUGAAAGGUUGCUGGUUCGACUCCCCGAGCCAACUAUGUAAAAAAAUAUAUGCCGAUGUUCCCUUGAGCAAGGCACUUAACCCUAGUUGCUCUGGAUAAGAGUGUCUGCUAAAUGACAAAAAUGUCAAAUGUAGGCUAAGUCAACAACAUUAUUUGGGUAUGAGUUAACAUAUUAUGAGCUUUUAAGAGUGAGAUUUUCACUGGAGAGUUAAUUUUUAAUUAAAUUAUCUGAGUAUAUUGAACACUAAACACUUUUAUAACACAAUAACACAACCGUUACUAUUUCAAUAUUGGGGAUGUGUUCAGUGGAGUAUUGUUGAUAUGUCAACUGAUCAAAACAACCAACUGACAUCAAUUCCAAUCUUGUGUUCCCAGGAGCAUUUAUGAUCCCAUUCCUGAUCCUGGUGGUUCUGGAGGGAAUUCCACUGCUGCACCUGGAGUUUGCUAUCGGACAGCGCCUCAGGAAGGGCAGUGUCGGGGUGUGGGGCUCUGUCAACCCUUACCUCACUGGCAUUGGUGGGUGACAGUCCAUUCCGGAUUACAGUAUCUGUGUGGAAUUCCUGUGAUCAUGUAUGACAAAACCCUUUUGGCUCUAUGAAUAUGGUUAUAAGUAGUUAUAAGUGCUUAUGUUUUGCAUUGUUAUGCAUUAUGUAUAACAUACUGUAAUGACCCAGCUGGGUCAUAAAGUAAAAGAGAGACGGGCACCAGGUGUACAGGCAGAACACAGGUUUAUUCCUGAAUGGGCUAUUGUUCAGGCCACAACCCACGCCGCUAAACCUCGAACAUAAACAAAUAAUACAUGUCAAGUCAAGGGUCCCAAAACGGAAGAGAGAGAGAUGAGACCGUAACCCCUAUUUAAGCAUUCCAAAACCCCGCGGGAUUACCCAUCAUACCCCCCCAACCUUUCCAUCUGUCCUGGCAUAUUUAACCCCUGCUAGCACCCAUGAGAACGAUAACACAACCAUGAACACAGAACACAAUACAGGGUCGUUACAUAGCCCCCCCCUUUCUAAACCCUAGCCCCUAGGGUUACAAAACAAAAUCCUUAAAACGACCCGGAGGUCGCAUCAGUCUCUUGUGCCUCCCCUUGACUCUCACUGGUGGACCCCCAGAACACUCAUCUGCCCCAAUGUCAUUUCCAGCGCCCUCCGAAGAGGCAGCCCCCGUCCCAGGCUCAGCUUGCACUAGAGUCUCCUCGCUAGACUGUCCCCGUGUGCUCACAUCAGAGUCCUCACUUCCAUUCCCUACCGUUUUCCUCCCUCUGUAGGGCGCCAAUCGGUCCCGGUGGACCACCACCUUCCUGCUCCGUGGGGGAACCUCCACCCGGUACGUCACCUCCCCCACUCUCUCUAUCACCAGACACGGCCCCACCCAGGCACUGUCCAGCUUUGGGCACCGCCCCUUCUUGCGCGUGGGGUUGUGAAGCCACACGCAUUCUCCCGCUCCAAAGUGCCUCCCCCUAGCGCGUGAGUCAUAGUGGCGCUUUUGGCGCAUUCCUGCGUUCUCGAGUUGCUCUCUUGCGAAUGUGUGAGCCGCUUCUAACCGGUUCUGCAGACGACGAACAUAGUUCGGGCCAGGCAAAACCCCGUCGUCGUUAUCAGGAGGGUGGCCAAACGUCAGUUCGGCUGGGGUGCGCAACUCACGACCUAACAUUAGUAGCGCUGGGGAGCACGCAGUCGAUUCCUGAACAGCCGACAUACAUGCCAUAAGAACAAACGGUAAGUGGGUGUCCCAAUCUUUCUGGUGUUUUGAGGUAACGAUAGCCAGCUGUUGUGCUAAUGUUCUGUUAAAUCUUUCCACCAGCCCAUCACUCUGGGGGUGAAGCGGAGUAGUGCGCGUCUUCUCCGCGCCUAACCGUCUACACAACUCUGAGAACACCCGUGACUCAAAGUUUCUCCCCUGGUCGCUGUGUAUAGACUGUGGCACCCCAAACCGACUGAUUAUUCCCCCUACCAAUGCAUCAGCUACUGUUUCUGCCUCCUGGUCUGGGAGAGCGUAAGCCUCUGGCCACUUGGUGUCCAGAAGUAGUCCAUAGCAGUUAGAAUCCACCUGUUACCGCUGUCUGUGGUUGGGAACGGUCCAACUAUGUCUACCCCCAGUCUCUCCAUGGGCUCCCCUACUGGAAAUUGUUGUAGGAGGGCAUGUGACUGACCUGGAGGUCCUUUCUUAGCAGCACACUCGUCGCACUGCCUGCAAAAGUCCUCCACAUCCCUCCUGUGCCUGGACCAAUAGAAGCCUUUACGUACGUGCUUUAACGUUUUGGAGACCCCAAAAUGCCCUGCGCCUACUCCCCCGUGAAGCUGCUGUAACACGCUCCCUUGCAGCCUUUUGGGAACCACUACCUGCCACGUCAUUUCUCCAGUAGCUGGCUUUUUCCACCCCCUCUGGAGCACUCCCUCAGCCACUCUAAGGACUGAGAAUUUAGCCCAGAGUCCUUUGGUGACUGGUGAUAGAGGGGCUACUUCCCCCCAUGGCAGUCGUCUUACCUCUUCCACCCACCCCAGCACAGGACGCAGCUCUGCGUCCUCCUCCUGGCGACGCCUCCACUCCCCGACGUCCACAGCCUCAAGCUCCCGGCACUCUGUCACCCUCAGCUGACUCACCGUGGCGGUGACUCCCUCCUCCAUGCACAGUUCCCUCUCUCGCUCCACCCGUUUGGCGCAGUACCCACAGCCGUCCUCAGCACACGGGCGACGGGACAAGGCGUCUGCAUUGCUGUGGCGAAGGCCGGCCCUGUGCUCCACCUGGAAGUCGUAGGGUUGCAGCUCCUCCAACCAGCGGGCGAUCUGACCCUCUGGCUCCUUGAAGGAGAGAAGCCACUGCAGGGCGGAGUGAUCCGUCCGCACCACAAACGGCAGGCCCCCCAGGUAGUACUUGAAAUGGCGUACUGCUGCCACGACAGCCAAAAGCUCCCUCCUUGUCACGCAGUAGCGUUUUUCAGCCUUAUCAAAAGUUCUGCUGUAAUAAGCUACUGCGUGCUCCCCGUCAGAACCACGCUGAGCCAGCACAGCCCCCAAGCCCUCAUUGCUUGCGUCGGUGUCCAGGAUAAACGAACGGUUCGGGUCUGGUGAGGACAGGACAGGGGCCUCCACCAGGGCACGUUUGAGGGCCUCAAACGCCCGCUGGUGCUCUUCGGUCCACUGUAAAACAGUGUCCUUCUUGAGAAGGUGGUUCAUAGGAGCUGCUAUCCCCGCAAACCCUUUCACAAACCUACGAUAGUAGGAUGCCAGCCCCAGGAAGCUCUUAACCUCUUUUUUUCCCCUCACAGCCUCCACUUUGUCUGGCAUCGUGCUGAUACCCUCACCACCCAGCUGAUGACCCAGGAACGCCACCUCCCUUUGCAUGAAAUGGCACUUUUCCGGGUGUAAUUUUAGCCCCGCCCCCGAGAUCCUCUCCAGCACUCGCCUAAGUGCCCCCAGUGCCCCCUCAAACGAUGUGCCGUGCACCAAUAUGUCGUCUAGGUACACGACACACUCGUCUCUCGGAACCCCCGCCAGCACUCUGUCCAUGAGCCUCUCAAAGGUGGCAGGAGCAUUACAAAGCCCGAAGCACAGCACCUUGAACUGCCAAUGGCCCCUAUCCGUGGAGAAGGCCGUUUUUUUCACGUGCCCCAGGCGAGAGGGGCACCUGCCAGAAGCCACUGCGCAGAUCAAGGGAAGAGAACCACGAGGACCCUCUGACGUGGUCUAGCGACUCAUCGAUCCUCGGUAUGGGGUAAGCGUCUUUAGUGGUGACAGAAUUUAGGCCCCUGUAGUCCGCACAAAACCUAAGUUUACCCCCUUUCUUAGGCACCAUGACGACCGGCGCGGACCAUGGGCUAUCUGAUGGCUCAAUGAAAUCAGCCCGCAACAUGUCAGCAAUAGCUGUGGCUGCUGCUUCCCUCUUGGCAAGGGGAAUGCGACGGGCCGAAUUUUAAUGGGUUGGUUGUCCCCAGUGUCAAUGUCGUGCUGAACCAGGUGCGUUUGCCCUACCUCAUCCUUCCCCCAAGCGAAGCUAUCUUUAAAGUCAAACAGCAGCUGCUUUAACUGUCUCUGUUGUCUCUCAUCCAGACCUUGACAGUUUUUCAGCCACACAGCCUCAACGGCGUCGAUAACUUCCUCCUUCCCCCCGUCGGGCUGAUGGGGUGAAGGAGCCAGUGUGUUUUGGGCUACUGGGAUGCCUGUGCUUGCACCAUUAUGGGGAGUGAAGGUCGUUGCCGCCGGAGACAGCUGCUGGGAUGGCACAACGACCAAGGGAGCAGCCGGGACGACCAGUGGAGUUUCGGCAAGCUUGGAGGAAGACGGAGGGACAGCCCUGCCCCCUGCUGGACCUCCCGAAGGCGACAUUCCCACUGUGGGCCCCCCCGACAGCCUCAAAGUGCCCGAAGCUAAGUCCAACUGAGCCCCACAGUUUUUCAAAAAGUCCAUUCCCAGUAUACAGGGGUCCUGUACCGCUGCUACCCACACCGGACACCCCACAGUUCUCCCCCCCCACAGUCACAGACAACCAACACUUCCCUAACAUGGGGGCUAGCUCCCCCGUGACAGUCCGUAGCUGGACAAGUGUCGGCUCCACCCGCACCCCAACAGGUAGUAUGUCUGGUCUCACCAGGGUUACUGUAGAGCCCGUGUCGACCAGGGCCAAACAUUCCACCCCCUCUACCUUGACGAUGACAUUGCAGAAGUCCCCAAUGGUGGUACGUCCCACCACAACUACCGGACUAGGAAACACGGUGGCAGCCACACCCUGGGGAAGCAGGUCCCCACCCUCUUGCCUGCGCUGCUGGGUACCUCUUCUGCUUACUGUGGUUUCGGGGGCGGAGGGGUGGGCCCGCGCUGCCCCCUGCGCGAGAACCCGCUGUCGUUUCCCUGGUGACUGGAGAAUCUGCCACACUCCCGCUGAAUGUGGCCAGGCUGGCCACAACCCCAGCAGACAAUGGGAGUUGAGCUGACACUGCGAUGUUGUCUGGAGCCCCUCUCAAUGACAAGCGAAGCGGUCUUGACUAACCCGCCCAACUCGUCGACCCACUCUGGUUUGGUGACCCCCGGCACCCCGGCCGCCGCUGCUCUCACCUCUGGUUGACUGGCAACCUCCACUCUCACUCCCUCACCCCAGAUCAGCUCCCUCUUCCUGGCUAUCUCCACUGCAGCCCGCAGAGAUGCUGGGUCCGACAUCUGAACAUGCUUACCCAGUUCGGUGGGGGAGAGUGCUCUAAUAAAACUGUCCCGUGCCAGCUCGUCUUGCACCCCAAUCGGCAUAGUUGCAUAAGCCCGCCUGGUCAGGCUCAGAAUAUCACUUGCCAACGCCUUUAAUGAUUCCCCCUGAAGUCUCUUUUUGUUACUCAGUUCAAUCCGCAGCAUGUUGGGCUGUGCAUCGCUGCCGAAACGGCCCCCCAAUGCCUCCACUAGCGCACCGUAGUCGCCCCUCUCGUCCGGGGCUAGCGUUAGCAGGCAUUCCGACGCCUCCUCUGCCAGGCUCAGGGCAAGCUGUAACCCUUUCGUCUCGUCAGACCACCUCCCGGCUCUAGCCAACAACUCGAAUUGAGUGAAAAAAACUUCCCAUUUACCUUGUCCAUUGAACUUUGGAAGUUUAGCCGCUACCGUGGCUAAUGGCAAUAGGGCGCUGCCAUCUCUGUUUACAUAAGGAGGCCCAGCCAUUUCCGCACGCGGUGACGUCGAUAUCUCCGUCGCCGUGACGUCUGUUCUGGUCGAGCGGUUUGAAGGAAAACCCGCCCGUUCUGCCAUCUUGCUGACUGACAAUUUAACUUCCGCCAUGUGGCUCUCCAGCUCUUCUACAGCCAUCAUCGCCUGACCCUCCCGACCGGGUACACCCGAGCCCACAACGGACACUUUGUCCGACUCUUCCUUAACAUUCCGCCUCGCCCCGAUCAUAAUGACCGUAGAUGCGAGUCACGCUAAAUCUAACCACGGCCUAUACUGAAACAGCUAACUCGCCUAAUCUCGAUCUAUCCCGUCGUUCGAAAGCACUUAUGACACCAAUGUAAUGACCCAGCUGGGUCAUAAAGUAAAAGAGAGACGGGCACCAGGUGUACAGGCAGAACACAGGUUUAUUCCUGAAUGGGCUAUUGUUCAGGCCACAACCCACGCCGCUAAACCUCGAACAUACACAAAUAAUACAUGUCAAGUCAAGGGUCCCAAAACGGAAGAGAGAGAGAUGAGACCGUAACCCCUAUUUAAGCAUUCCAAAACCCCGCGGGAUUACCCAUCAUACCCCCCCAACCUUUCCAUCUGUCCUGGCAUAUUUAACCCCUGCUAGCACCCAUGAGAACGAUAACACAACCAUGAACACAGAACACAAUACAGGGUCGUUACAAUACUUAAAUAUAUAUACUUUAAAUAGUUGGAUAUAUACUUGGAUAUAGCAUACUUAAAUAUAAAUACUGUAAAUACUUGGAUAUGUACUUGAAUAUAGCAUACUUGAAUAAACUUGGAUAUGAUAAUAAUGCACUGGAAUGUACAGGGAAUGUAACUGACAGUUGUUGUGAAACAGGUAUUGCCUCCAUGUUGGUAUCAUUCUUGGUUGGGAUGUACUACAACACCAUCAUGGCCUGGAUCAUGUGGUACCUCUUCAACUCCUUCCAGGACCCCCUGCCUUGGAGUCAGUGUCCCCUCAAUGCAAACAAGACAGGUGCAGUAUUUCCUUCAUGAGUAACAGUUAGCUAGUAUUGUAGCGACCUUAACUCAAUACCUAGCAACCUUGUCGAGACGUUUGGACGUCUCGGCGUUAAGGUUAAGGUGAUGGCUUGGCAGUUGCUGGAUCUGGGUUCGUGUCCCGGUCACGGCUACCCCCUGAAUUCACUACAGUAUCAUCAAAACCUGGACCAAAAAUAUAUCUAAAUGUAGCUAGCUAGCCUAAUACCAGCAUGCUAGCAAGCAGGAUCACCUCACCGCCCCUAUAGACGGGUUAGCUGAAAAUGAUGCGCACAUGUCGAUGGGGCAGAGGUUUGUGUGUUAUUAUUCUGAACGGUCAGAUAGCUAGCAACAAUGACAAGAAGCUGUCGUGGUCCUCUGUAGCUCAGCUGGUAGAGCAUGGCGCUUGUAACGCCAAGGUAGUGGGUUCGAUCCCCGGGACCACCCAUACACAAAAAAAAAAUUAUGCACGCAUGACUGUAAGUCGCUUUGGAUAAAAGCGUCUGCUAAAUGGCAUAUUAUUAUUAUUAUUGUAGGGAAUCGUAGGUAGCUUGUUUAUUGUUAAGAAGCUGUCUUGUGGGGAAUCGUAGGUGGCUCGUUGUAUCUUGUUAAGAAGCUGUCUUGUGGGGAAUCGUAGGUAGCUUGUAUCUUAUUAAGAAGCUGUCUUGUGGGGAAUCGUAGGUAGCUUGUAUCUUGUUAAGAAGCUGUCUUGUGGGGAAUCGUAGGUGGCUCGUUGUAUCUUGUUAAGAAGCUGUCUUGUGGGGAAUCGUAGGUGGCUCGUUGUAUCUUGUUAAGAAGCUGUCUUGUGGGGAAUCGUAGGUAGCUAGUUGUAUAUUGUUAAGAAGCUGUCUUGUGGGGAAUCGUAGGUGGCUCGUUGUAUCUUGUUAAGAAGCUGUCUUGUGGGGAAUCGUAGGUAGCUUGUAUCUUGUUAAGAAGCUGUCUUGUGGGGAAUCGUAGGUAGCUUGUAUCUUGUUAAGAAGCUGUCUUGUGGGGAAUCGUAGGUGGCUCGUUGUAUCUUGUUAAGAAGCUGUCUUGUGGGGAAUCGUAGGUAGCUUGUAUCUUGUUAAGAAGCUGUCUUGUGGGGAAUCGUAGGUGGCUCGUUGUAUCUUGUUAAGAAGCUGUCUUGUGGGGAAUCGUAGGUAGCUUGUAUCUUGUUAAGAAGCUGUCUUGUGGGGAAUCGUAGGUGGCUCGUUGUAUCUUGUUAAGAAGCUGUCUUGUGGGGCAUCAUAGGUAGCUCGUUGAAUAUUGUUAAGAAGCUGUCUUGUGGGGAAUCGUAGGUAGCUCGUUGUAUCUUGUUAAGAAGCUGUCUUGUGGGGAAUCGUAGGUAGCUUGUUGUAUAUUGUUAAGAAGCUGUCUUGUGGGGAAUCGUAGGUGGCUCAUUGUAUCUUGUUAAGAAGCUGUCUUGUGGGGAAUCGUAGGUAGCUUGUAUCUAGUUAAGAAGCUGUCUUGUGGGGAAUCGUAGGUAGCUAGUUGUAUAUUGUUAAGAAGCUGUCUUGUGGGGAAUCGUAGGUGGCUCGUUGUAUCUUGUUAAGAAGCUGUCUUGUGGGGAAUCGUAGGUAGCUUGUAUCUUGUUAAGAAGCUGUCUUGUGGGGAAUCGUAGGUAGCUUGUAUCUUGUUAAGAAGCUGUCUUGUGGGGAAUCGUAGGUGGCUCGUUGUAUCUUGUUAAGAAGCUGUCUUGUGGGGAAUCGUAGGUAGCUUGUAUCUUGUUAAGAAGCUGUCUUGUGGGGAAUCGUAGGUGGCUCGUUGUAUCUUGUUAAGAAGCUGUCUUGUGGGGCAUCAUAGGUAGCUCGUUGUAUAUUGUUAAGAAGCUGUCUUGUGGGGAAUCGUAGGUAGCUCGUUGUAUCUUGUUAAGAAGCUGUCUUGUGGGGAAUCGUAGGUAGCUUGUUGUAUAUUGUUAAGAAGCUGUCUUGUGGGGAAUCGUAGGUGGCUCGUUGUAUCUUGUUAAGAAGCUGUCUUGUGGGGAAUCGUAGGUGGCUCGUUGUAUCUUGUUAAGAAGCUGUCUUGUGGGGAAUCGUAGGUAGCUUGUAUCUUGUUAAGAAGCUGUCUUGUGGGGAAUCGUAGGUAGCUUGUAUCUUGUUAAGAAGCUGUCUUGUGGGGAAUCGUAGGUGGCUCGUUGUAUCUUGUUAAGAAGCUGUCUUGUGGGGCAUCAUAGGUAGCUCGUUGUAUAUUGUUAAGAAGCUGUCUAGUGGGGAAUUGUAGGUAGCUCGUUGUAUCUUGUUAAGAAGCUGUCUUGUGGGGAAUCGUAGGUAGCUUAUUGCAUAUUGUUAAGAAGCUGUCUUGUGGGGAAUCGUAGGUAGCUCGUUGUAUAUUGUUAAAAAGCUGUCUUGUGGGGAAUCGUAGGUAGCUCGUUGUAUAUUGUUAAGAAGCUGUCUUGUGGGGAUUCGUAGGUGGCUCGUUGUAUCUUGUUAAGAAGCUGUCUUGUGGGGCAUCAUAGGUAGCUUGUUGUAUUUUGUUAAGAAGCUGUCUUGUGGGGAAUCGUAGGUAGCUCGUUGUAUCUUGUUAAGAAGCUGUCUUGUGGAGAAUCGUAGGAAGCUUGUUGUAUAUUGUUAAGAAGCUGUCUUGUGGGGAAUCGUAGGUAGCUCGUUGUAUCUUGUUAAGAAGCUGUCUUGUGGGGAAUCGUAGGUGGCUGGUAGCUUAGUGGGUAAGAGCGUUGUGCCAGUAACCGAAAGGUCGAUGGUUCUAAUCCCCGAGCCGACUAGGUGAAAAAUCUGUUGAUGUGCCCUUAAGCAAGGCACUUAACCCUAAUUGCUCCUGUAAGUCGCUCUGGAUAAGAGCUUCUGCUAAAUGACUAAAAUGUAAAUGUAAAAUGUGGCUCGUUGUAUCUUGUUAAGAAGCUGUCUUGUGGGGAAUCUUAGGUAGCUUGUUGUAUCUUGUUAAGAAGCUGUCUUGUGGGGAAUCGUAGGUGGCUCGUUGUAUAUUGUUAAGAAGCUGUCUUGUGGGGAAUCGUAGGUAGCUUGUAUCUUGUUAAGAAGCUGUCUUUUGGGGAAUCGUAGGUAGCUUGUUGUAUAUUGUUAAGAAGCUGUCUUGUGGGGAAUCGUAGGUGGCUCGUUGUAUAUUGUUAAGAAGCUGUCUUGUGGGGAAUCGUAGGUGGCUCGUUGUAUAUUGUUAAGAAGCUGUCUUGUGGGGAAUCGUAGGUGGCUCGUUGUAUCUUGUUAAGAAGCUGUCUUGUGGGGAAUCGUAGGUGGCUCGUUGUAUAUUGUUAAGAAGCUGUCUUGUGGGGAAUCGUAGGUAGCUCGUUGUAUCUUGUUAAGAAGCUGUCUUGUGGGGAAUCGUAGGUGGCUCGUUGUAUAUUGUUAAGAAGCUGUCUUGUGGGGAAUCGUAGGUGGCUCGUUGUAUAUUGUUAAGAAGCUGUCUUGUGGGGAAUCGUAGGUGGCUCGUUGUAUCUUGUUAAGAAGCUGUCUUGUGGGGAAUCGUAGGUAGCUUGUAUAUUGUUAAGAAGCUGUCUUGUGGGGAAUCGUAGGUGGCUCGUUGUAUCUUGUUAAGAAGCUGUCUUGUGGGGAAUCGUAGGUGGCUGUUAUUAAUAUCAUGUUGUUUUGAGGUGUUUUGACUCGUCGCGUCUAUGCUAAUAUGGCAAAAAAAAUUAAUGUAACAAUGUAUUUGACAGACAACAAGUUCUCAUUGUGCAAAUGUAUGUUUUCAAUAAUUUUCUAAUAUAAUUUCCAUGUCGUCAACAAUCAUUUGAUUCUAAGCCAACCCCGCCUGUUUUGCUCCACGGUUGCGCACGCAGCGGUUUCAUCUCAGCAACCCAUCCGUCUAUAGCUAACGCUCACACAUAUUUAUUUGAGAUGAGCUGGCUAGCCAGAUAGCGUUAAGUAAAACAGAUAUUUUAUGUCUUUGAGUCUUUCCUCAAAGAUGUAUCAUGCAGAAUCAUGCUGUAUCAUGCUGUAUCAUGCUGAAUAAUGCUGAAUCAUGCUGAAUGCAUUGGCAGUAGAUAGCUAGCUAGUCAAAGAUUGACAAUUCAGACCAACCCAACUUCUAUCUCAUCUCAUCUUAGCUGUUGUAAUUUUAGAUCCAGACCGGCCUUUAAACAGUUUGAAUAUCGCCCCCUGCAGGUCUGGUGUCAGAAUGCGCACGGAGCACCUCAGUGGAUUACUUCUGGUACAGAGAGACUCUGAACACCUCUACGGCCAUAGAUAUAUCUGGAGGCCUCCAGUGGUGGAUGGUGCUAGCCCUGGUGUCUGCCUGGACUCUGCUCUACGUCUGCUGUAUCAGGGGGAUCGAGACUACUGGCAAGGUACCAGCUCAGCUUUAAUUUCUUCCUGCUUGUGAGGGAGGUCAAAUUUCUGCUAAGAUAAUGGCCUGCCUUGGGAAUGGUGCCAGUUGUCUUAUCACUGAUGUUUCUCUCUCUCUCUCUCUCUCUCUCUCUCUCUCUCUCUCAGUGGUUCUGGAUUCAGUUUAUGUAGCAGUUUUAUAAUCUCUCUCUUUCUCAUUUCUCUCUCUCCCUCGUCAGGCUGUGUACAUAACAUCCACGUUGCCCUACUUGGUGCUCACCAUCUUCCUGAUCAGAGGACUGACUCUCAAAGGUUCUCUGGAUGGAGUCAAGUUCCUCUUCACACCAGAUGUAAGUAUUAACUUUAUGUACUACCGUUGUCAUGAUACUAAUUCUUUGUGUCUAACUGUUUUCUAUUUCUCCAGGUGAAUGAGUUGAUGAACCCGUCCACCUGGCUGGAUGCAGGUGCUCAGGUGUUCUACUCUUUCUCCUUGGCCUUUGGAGGUCUCAUCUCCUUCUCCAGCUAUAACUCAGUGCAGUAAGUGACUCCUUAUUACAACGUUUUAAGAAGACUUUUAUUGAGGCUGAAUCCUAAUCCAUGCAGAGAGUAAGUCAUAGAUGCUCAUAGAAAUUAUACCAAAUGGAUCUCGUCUUUCAUCUCUUCAAAUUAAUUUGAGUAAUUUGCUUCCAUUGUCUGUUUCUCCAGCAACAACUGUGAACAAGAUGCCGUCAUCAUCUCCAUCAUCAACGGCUUCACGUCGGUCUACUCUGCUACCGUCAUCUACUCUAUCAUUGGCUUCAGGGCCACAGAGAAGUUUGACGAAUGCACGGAUGGGUAAGUUCCUAGUUCCUUCUUGGUUGAAUCCAUACUUUCAUCCAAAUUCAAUGUAGAUUGAACGCAUAUUUGUUGACAACACUGUCAAAAUUGGAUUUAAUGAAUGGGGAUUAGAGGAAGAUAAACUAAUGAGUUGGAUAUUUUGGUCAUACUUCUAUGUACUCUCUUCCUAGUAACAUCAUGGCCCUGCUGAAUGUGAUCUCUUCCUAGUAACAUCAUGGCCCCGCUGAAUGUGAUCUCUUCCUAGUAACAUCAUGGCCCCGCUGAAUGUGAUCUCUUCCUGGUAACAUCAUGGCCCUGCUGAAUGUGAUCUCUUCCUAGUAACAUAAUGGCCCCGCUGAAUGUGAUCUCUUCCUAGUAACAUCAUGGCCCUGCUGAAUGUGAUCUCUUCCUAGUAACAUCAUGGCCCUGCUGAAUGUGAUCUCUUCCUAGUAAAGUUUUACAAAAAAACAUUUUAGUCAUUUAGCAGACGCUCUUAUCCAUAGCGACUUACAGGAGCAAUUAGGGUUAAGUGCCUUGCUCAAGGGCACAUCGACAGAUUUUUCACCUAGUCGGCUCGGGGAUUAGAACCAGCGACCUUCGAUUACUGGCACAACGCUCUUAACCACUAAGCUACCUGCCGUAACAUAAUGGCCCUGCUGAAUGUGAUCUCUUCCUAGUAACAUCAUGGCCCUGCUGAAUGUGAUCUCUUCCUAGUAACAUAAUGGCCCUGCUGAAUGUGAUCUCUUCCUAGUAACAUCAUGGCCCUGCUGAAUGUGAUCUCUUCCUAGUAACAUAAUGGCCCUGCUGAAUGUGAUCUCUUCCUAGUAACAUAAUGGCCCUGCUGAAUGUGAUCUCUUCCUAGUAACAUCAUGGCCCUGCUGAAUGUGAUCUCUUCCUAGUAACAUAAUGGCCCUGCUGAAUGUGAUCUCUUCCUAGUAACAUCAUGGCCCUGCUGAAUGUGAUCUCUUCCUGGUAACAUCAUGGCCCUGCUGAAUGUGAUCUCUUCCUAGUAACAUAAUGGCCCUGCUGAAUGUGAUCUCUUCCUAGUAACAUCAUGGCCCUGCUGAAUGUGAUCUCUUCCUAGUAACAUAAUGGCCCUGCUGAAUGUGAUCUCUUCCUAGUAACAUCAUGGCCCUGCUGAAUGUGAUCUCUUCCUAGUAACAUCAUGGCCCUGCUGAAUGUGAUCUCUUCCUAGUAACAUCAUGGCCCUGCUGAAUGUGAUCUCUUCCUAGUAACAUCAUGGCCCUGCUGAAUGUGAUCUUCCUGGUAACAUCAUGGCCCUGCUGAAUGUGAUCUCUUCCUAGUAACAUAAUGGCCCUGCUGAAUGUGAUCUCUUCCUAGUAAUAUCAUGGCCCUGCUGAAUGUGAUCUCUUCCUAGUAACAUCAUGGCCCUGCUGAAUGUGAUCUCUUCCUAGUAACAUCAUGGCCCUGCUGAAUGCAUUUGAUCUUCCUGAGGACCACUUCACUGUGAACAACUAUGAGGAAGUUCUCCAAGGUCUCAACAGCACAUCACCAGACAUCAUCCAUGGAUUAAACCUGAAGACCUGCGAUCUGCAGCAGUUUCUCAGUCAGGUAGUGAAAUUACAUGACGUCCAAUCCAAGACAUAUCAUUGACUCCAAGGGACACCAGAACUUUCUUAAGUCGGUACUGUGUUUGCUGUAGGGUGUGGAGGGAACCGGUCUGGCCUUCAUCGUGUUCACAGAGGCCAUCACCAAGAUGCCGAUCUCUCCUCUCUGGGCCAUCCUGUUCUUCGUCAUGCUCUUCUGUCUGGGACUGUCUACCAUGUUUGGGAACAUAGAAGGGGUCGUGGUGCCCCUUCAGGAUCUCAACAUCUUCCCCAAGUGGCCCAAAGAGGUCUUGACAGGUUAGUGACAUACAGUAGCUGAGAUUCUUCUUCUUCUGAGCUGCACUGAAUCGAAAUGGCUUCAACCCAAAGCAUUGUCUCAUCAGUUGUUCGGGGAUUGAGAUCACAAGCUUGUCGUUGACCUUUAGGGGGAUCCUCUGAACAUCCAAUGAGGUUGAGCACCCCUGAAAGAACCUUGGUUGUCAACUUUUCACGAUGUUCUUUGUUUUGUUUUUUCAGGUGUGACUUGUGUUGUAUGUUUCGCCAUCGCUCUCAUAUUCACCCAGCAGUCUGGUAACUACUGGCUGGCCUUGUUCGACAGCUUCGCCGGCUCCAUCCCUCUCCUAGUCAUCGCCUUCUGUGAGAUGGUGUCUGUUGUUUACAUCUACGGGAUAGACAGGUGAGUCCAGAGCCAGAACACCAUUAAAAUAAAAUAGAACUGAAUGGAAUAGAAAUACCUGUCAAUGCUAUGUGGACAUGUACCUUUCCGCUUCACAGUGACAUAAAUCACAUCCAAACAAACAGCAUUAAAACAUCAGGGGCACUUUGUCCUUCAGAAAAACAACCACAAUGUCACUACAGCCUGCUUUAUCAGGACAAUAAAAAGGCACGUUUUAGUGUCAUUAUGUCCACUGGGAGGAAGGGAGAGCAUUAGGCCUGCAGAUUGUAUCUCUGGAACCAGGAAGUGUGCUGGUGCACUCAGCUGUACUAAUGCCACAUGGUACCCCCAUGACUCAUUCUCAACUGAUACCACAUGGUACCCCCAUGACUCAUUCUCAACUGAUACCACAUGGUACCCCCAUGACUCAUUCUCAACUCUAAUGGAGAACUAUCUCUGCACACUAUAUGUCACUGUAAACGACUGAUUUAUGAAGACGAUGUGUAGACCCUUAGGUAAGACGAUGUGUAGACCCUUAGGUAAGACGAUGUGUAGACCCUUAGGUAAGACGAUGUGUAGACCCUUAGGGAAGACGAUGUGUAGACCCUUAGGUAAGACGAUGUGUAGACCCUUAGGGAAGACGAUGUGUAGACCCUUAGGGAAGACGAUGUGUAGACCCUUAGGGAAGACGAUGUGUAGACCCUUAGGGAAGACGAUGUGUAGACCCUUAGGGAAGACGAUGUGUAGACCCUUAGGGAAGACGAUGUGUAGACCCUUAGGGAAGACGAUGUGUAGACCUUAGGGAAGACGAUGUGUAGACCCUUAGGGAAGACGAUGUGUAGACCCUUAGGGAAGACGAUGUGUAGACCCUUAGGGAAGACGAUGUGUAGACCCUUAGGUAAGACGAUGUGUAGACCCUUAGGUAAGACGAUGUGUAGACCCUUAGGUAAGACGAUGUGUAGACCCUUAGGUAAGACGAUAUGUAGACCCUUAGGGAAGACGAUAUUAGGUACUUAGGUCUCUAGAGUGAACAUUAACUCAGAUAUCCAGCCAAAGCUCAAAGUCAUUAGACAGACAUGUGUUCCAUACUGGACAUGUGUUCCAUGAUAGACAUGUGUUCCAUGUAAGACAUGUGUUCCAUACUAGACAUGUGUUCCAUGCUAGACAUGUGUUCCAUGCUAGACAUGUGUUCCAUGCUAGACAUGUGUUCCAUACUAGACAUGUGUUCCACUACUGUAACAUGUGUUCCAUGCUAGACAUGUGUUCCAUGCUAGACAUGUGUUCCAUGUAGAUCAUGUUGUUCCAUGCUAGACAUGUGUUCCAUGCUAGACAUGUGUUCCAUACUGGACAUGUGUUCCAUACUAGACAUGUGUUCCAUACUAGACAUGUGUUCCAUGCUAGACAUGUGUUCCAUACUGGACAUGUGUUCCAUACUAGACAUGUGUUCCAUACUAGACAUGUGUUCCAUGCUAGACAUGUGUUCCAUGCUAGACAUGUGUUCCAUGCUAGACAUGUGUUCCAUGCUAGACAUGUGUUCCAUGCUAGACAUGUGUUCCACGCUAGACAUGUGUUCCAUGCUAGACAUGUGUUCCAUGCUGGACAUGUGUUCCAUGCUAGACAUGUGUUCCACGCUAGACAUGUGUUCCACGCUAGACAUGUGUUCCACGCUAGACAUGUGUUCCACGCUAGACAUGUGUUCCACGCUAGACAUGUGUUCCACGCUAGACAUGUGUUCCACACUAGACAUGUGUUCCACACUAGACAUGUGUUCCAUACUAGACAUGUGCUCCAUGCUAGACAUGUGUUCCACACUGGACAUGUGUUCCACGCUAGACAUGUGUUCCACGCUAGACAUGUGUUCCACGCUAGACAUGUGUUCCAUACUAGACAUGUGUUCCAUACUAGACAUGUUUUCCAUACUAGACAUGUGUUCCAUGCUAGACAUGUGUUCAACGAUAGAAUGUGUUCCAUGCUAGACAUGUGUUCCACGUAGGACAUGGUUCCACGUAGACAGUGUUCCACGCUAGACAUGUGUUCCACGCUAGACAUGUGUUCCACGCUAGACAUGUGUUCCACGCUAGACAUGUGUUCCAUACUAGACAUGUGUUCCCCUCUAGACAUGUGUAAUGUAGUUGUUACGAACCCCGUGGCUCUAAACAUCUAGGGUGGAUGGACUGAGACCCGUAAACAUAAAUCAUGCACAAUUAUAAGUGUGGCAUGGAACAGGGAGAAGGAAAACUACACGAAACAAUAAACUACCGUCAAACCACACAUGCGUUUAUUUCUGAACACACGGUAACGGUUUGGGAAAAAGGGCUGAGAGGCACCAGAAAAUGAAACAAUAAGGUAAACACCCUAAGCCUGAUUCUGGCCUGCCUCAAGAACCGCUAGGCUACUGCACCAUACAAAAAAUACAGUGGGUGGUCCGCUCAGAUCAUAACUAGUGUUUAUUAGACAGUUCUUUUCUACGGAAAUGUAUGCCCAAGGGCAGCUAGCUCAAACUCCCCUUUUCCCAGAAACACAAUAGUCCCAAAAGAGUAACCAACAAAUCAAUGAGUACUCUAAACCCAGGACAUCACAGUAUCCAUUACUCACAUACAAAACAGUGGUCUAACAGAAUUACCAAUCAUAGUAAACAGCAACUUAGUGAGUAACCAAAAACAGGACACCACCGUGUCCAUACUCACAUACGGAAAUAUUCUCUCCCUCUCUCUCAACAAACACAAGACUGGUUUUUAUACAAUGGGAUGUGUGAUUGAACAAACGAGUAACAGGUGGUGCAAUGCACAGGAAUGUUCACUGAUUGGUCCAAUCAGCAGACACCUCAACGACCACCAAUCAGGAACAUACAGGACACCUGUGAUUAGGGCAGAAGGAGAGAAACACACAAAAACACAGGAUACCUGUAUCCGUAACAGUAGUAGACCUCAGUAGACGUAUAAGUACAUCCAGGGGCGCAACUUUGGCUUUAGAAGUGGGGUGGACAUAAUAAUAAUAUAUGUAUAUUUUUUUAUCCAGUAGGAUAAACACUCCAAACAGCCUACCCGACCGCUUGGAGGCGUCCGCAUGGUCCUAAAGCACACCGUAGCCUUGUUUUGUAUCACAUUCCAAUGAUACAACUGGGGGGGAACAAAAAUGCAAUUUCAGAAUAUGGGGGGGGGGGGGGAACUUGUCCCCAGUGAAUGUUGCGCCCCUGAGUACACCUUAGGUCUUCAUUAGACCUGUCUUGAUAAAUCAGACUUGGGAAUUGGGAACAUGUAUCACAGUGUGCGUAUUCCUCUUCAUUUGAUAUCACUGUGAACAUUCACUCUGAUAACCAGCCCUUGGAAUUGGAAGCCAUUGGAACAUCGACAUCCCAGUUUAUUCACUCUGCUCACUCUGACAGGUUUAACGCAGACAUCGAGUUCAUGAUUGGCCACAAGCCCAACCUGUUCUGGCAGGUGACCUGGAGGUUCGUCAGUCCAGUCAUCAUGCUGGCCAUCUUCAUCUUCUACUUCGUCACCCAGGUCAGCGGGGAGCUGACCUACCUCGUGUGGGACCAAGACGCGGUAAGUCCUGUUGACAGGAAAUAGUUAAUGGAUGUGGUUGAUGUCGUUGUCUGUGUCCCAAAUGAUACCCUAUUCCUUUAGUAGUGCACUACUUUUGACCAGGGCCCAUAGGGUAGUGCACUACUUUUGACCAGGGCCCAUAGGGUAGUGCACUACUUUUGACCAGGGCCCAUAGGGUAGUGCACUACUUUUGACCAGGGCCCAUAGGGUAGUGCACUACUUUUGACCAGGGCCCGUAGGGUAGUGCACUACUUUUGACCAGGCCCAUAGGGUAGUGCAACUACUUGACAGGCCUAGGGUAUGCAUAUUUUCCAGGGCCGUUAGUGUGCACUACUUUGAACAGGCCCAUAGGGUAGUGCACUACUUUGACAGGCCCAUAGUGUCAGGCACUACUUGAAUCCAUGGCCAUAGGGUAGUGCACUACUUUUGACAGGGAGUAGGCUAGCAAUAUCUUGCCAGGCCCAUAGGGUAUGCACUACUUUUGACAGGGCCAAUAGGUAGUGAUACUUUGACCAUGGGCCGUUUAGGGUAGUGCACUAACUGUGACAGGGCAUGGUGUGCAUACUUUUGCCAGGCCCGAGGGUAGACAACUUUUGACCAGGCGCUAUGGGUGUGAACUUUGACCAGGGCAAUUGGCUAUAUGCACUACUUUGACAGGGCACAUAGGGUAUUGCACUACUUUUGACAGGGCGUUAGGUAGUGCAUUUACUUUGACAGGGCUCGUAGGGUCAGUGCACUUACAUUUGACCAGGGCCUAGUAGUGCAUACUUUUAACGGCCCCAUAGGGUGGCAAUCUUUUGAAAGCCCCAAUGGGAUUGCAGACAUUGACUUGUGCCAUUUCUCUUAUCAACUAAAAAUUAAAUUACCUCCAGAGCGAUGUCCGCACCCCACACUGGAAUCUAAUGGCAUAUAAAGGACCAGAGGAAUAGCCUAAAUAUCUUGCAGCACGAUGUAACAGAUUAUUCAACCUAGACUAUGGAGUACACUACCACUGGGCACCGUUUGAGGCUUACUGAUAACUGUAACAUGUCUUUAUGUCAUCAUAGAAAGCGUUCAAGGUCGCAGGUCUGUGGGAAUGUCACAAUUGAUAUAAUAAUCUAUCUACAGAGAAUAUCAUUUACAUUACAUUUUUACAUUUUAGUCAUUUAGUAGACGCUCUUAUCCAGAGCGACUUACAGUUAGUGAAUACAUAUAUAUAUAUUUUUUUAUACUGGCCCCCCGUGGGAAUCAAACCCACAACCCUGGCGUUGCAAACGCCAUGCUCUAUCAACUGAGCUACAUCCCUGCCGGCCAUUCCCUCCCCUACCCUGGACGACGCUGGGCCAAUUGUGCGCCGCCCCAUGGGUCUCCCGGUCGCGGCCGGCUGCGACAGAGCCUGGAUUCGAACCAGGAUCUCUAGUGGCACAGCUAGCACUGACCACUGCGCCACUCAGGAGUCUGAGUGCAUUGAUCACUUGCACCAUGUACUUUAAUGUCAUCUCAACUAACUGUAAUCCAUGUCAUUUGGUUGUGCUAUUAGAUCAAGCACUGUGAUAACACAUUAAAUUGUUGCGUAAAUAAACAAAAUAGCUGACAUUGUAUUCCCAUUUGAACUUUAGUGUGCUUUUAACUACACUUUAUAUACAAAAGUAUGUGUACAUCCCUUCAAAAUUAGUGGAUUUGAAUAUUUCAGCCACACCCGUUGCUGACAGGUGUAUAAAAUCGAGCACACAGCCAUGCAAUCUCCAUAGACAAACAUUGGCAGUAGAAUGGCCUUACUGAAGAGCUCAGUGACUUUCAACGUGGCACCGUCAUAGGAUGCCACCUUUCCAACAAGUCAGUACAUCAAAUGUAUGCCCUGCUAGAGCUGCCCCGGUCGACUGUAAGUGAUGUUAUUGUGAAGUGGAAACGUCUAGGAGCAACAACGGCUCAGCAGCGAAGUGGUAGGCCACACAAGCUCACAGAACUGGAUCGCCGAGUGCUGAAGCACGUAAAAAUAAUCUGUCCUCGGUUGCAACACUCACUACCAAAUUCCAAACUGCCUCUGGAAGCAACGUCAGCACAAGAACUGUUUGUCGGGAGCUUCAUGAAAUGGGUUUCCAUGGCCGAGCAGCCGCACACAAGCCUAAGAUCACCAUGCGCAAUGCCAAGCGUUGGCUGGAGUGGUGUAAAGCUUGCAGCCAUUGGACUCUGGAGCAGUCCGACCGAGUUUGGUGGAUGCCAGCAGAACGCUACCUGCCCCAAUGCAUAGUGCCAACUGUAAAGUUUGGUGGAGGAGGAAUAAUGGUCUGGGGCUGUUUUUCAUGGUUCGGGCAAGGCCCCUUAGUUACAGUGAAGGGAAAUCUUAAUGCUACAGCAUUCAAUGACAUUCUAGACGAUUCUGUGCUUCCAACUUUGUGGCAUCAAUUUGUGGAAGGCCCUUUCCUGUUUUAGCAUGACAAUUCCCCCGUGCACAAAGCGAGGUCCAUACAGAAAGGGGUUGUCGAGAUCGGUGUGGAAGAACUUGACUGGCCUAGUCUCGUGGACAGUCUAUGUAAACAUAAAUGGUACCGUAGAUCUGUCAUGAUACAACAGGAUGAGUGAGAUAAGGCAGCAACAGUUUAGCUCUGGUGCUUGGGUUUUUCCUCACUGGUUAUUUGGAAAAACCACGAUUUCUUAGGUGUUAGCAUUUUUAGAUUUUUGGAAGGGCAGGGACAUUUGGUCCAUAGACUUGCCCGUAACUUGCGAAGAGAGAAGGUGGAGCUCUUCAUUCCGGUUCUCUUGUCACGAUCGUCGAAGGAGGAGGACCAAGGCGCAGCGUGAUAGUCGUACAUACUUAUUUUAUUAAGUGCACACAAAAAACAAAACAACAAACAAUAACGUGACGUCCUAGGUCUAACACAACCAACACGGAACAAGAUCCCACAAACACUGUGGGAAAACUGGCUGCUUAAGUAUGGCUCCCAAUCAGAGACAACAAGCAACAGCUGAUACUCGUUGCCUCUGAUUGAGAACCACACUGGCCAACAUAGAAACACAAUACUAGAAAUGAACGUAGAACCAAAACACAUAGACUCUACACACCCUGGCUCAACAUAUUAGAGUCCCCAGAGCCAGGGUGUGACAUCUCUUCUCUUAACACGGUAUGGACACAGAACUUAAAUCGAGCAUCGGGUUAACCAAGAUUAAUAAAUGAUCAACAAAUUAAAAGACAAAUGAGGAUAAACAAUAAAGUUAAGUCAAUAAAGUCAGUUAUUUUUGUUGUUCCCUGAUUUCCUUAAUCUCCCUGGUUCCAGGAGGAGUUCCCCACCCUGGCAGACCGUCAGUAUCCUGGCUGGAUCUACGUCAUCAUCUUCAUCCUGGCUGGCAUUCCUAGUCUGGCUGUGCCUGGAGUCGCCAUAUUCAAACUCAUCUACAACCGCUGCUGCCAGAAAGAGAACGGCUUCAGAGAAGACACCGUCGACUCUGUCUCCGCUAAAAUACAGAUGAAGGAAAAAAUUAUUGACUAAAAGUAAAAGGUUCACCUUCAGCUCUGGAUUUCAAAUGAAAAGUGGGGGGGGGGGGGUUUUCAGAGGUUUUUUUAUUUUCUUUCUGUCAUCUGGAACAAUUGAAGAUGUCCAAUACAUUACGCAAAUUAAAGUUUGAAGCAUAGAUCCCCAGCUACCAGUAGCACGCAGCCCACCGAUGAGUAGCUCACCAAACAAUUCUGAAAGUAUGUGAAAUUGUCACGGUCGUCGUAAGUAACGGACCAAGGCGCAGCGCGAUAUGCGUACAUCUUUUAAUGAGUACUUUAUAAUACAACACAAAACGAUACGUGAAGUCCUAAGGUUAACAAAACACAAACCUCUCCGGAACAAGAUCCCACAAAAGACCAGUGCAAAACAGGCUGCCUAAGUA